CUGAUGGGAAUACACGUGCAGAAGAAAGCGCAUUCAGGACUGCAGUAAUAUUAAUGCAUUCCGGCAACGCUUCAGUUUUGCAGGUUUCAUGACAACCACCUACAAAUGUGGACUUCAUUGUUCUUCAGAGGCCACUGUAUUCUGAAAUGCAAAGGUCACCUUCAGAGACAUUUGUCUGCCAAAGUUAGCAAGAGCAGAGAACAAGAUGAACUUCCAGUGUUUCAGUAUGUGGGCGAGAGAGCAAAAAGGAAGGAGCGGGUAUUCGUUUGGGGAUUUUCUCACACAGGAGCAUUGGGCAUCCCCAGUUUUGUCAUCCCUGAGACCGGAAGAAAGAAACCAAAAAAAUUCCAGCUAACGCCCUACAGGUUGGAUAUGGAUGAAAAGAUUUCAUCAGCGGCUUGUGGCUAUGGAUUCACUUUACUAUCUUCAAAAACUGCUAACAUCACAAAGAUUUGGGGAAUGGGGUUGAAUAAGGAUUCACAAAUUGGAUUUCAUAGAAGCAGAAGAGAUCGAACUAAAGGAUAUGAGUACAUUCUGGAGCCAUCUCCUAUCCCAUUACCAUUGGAUAAGCCCCAAGAGACCAAAGUGUUGCAGGUGUCUUGUGGCCGGGCACAUUCGCUCAUUUUGACAGACAAAGAAGGAGUUUUCAGUUUGGGAAAUAACUCUUACGGGCAGUGUGCACGAGAGGUUAUUGAAGGAGAAAUAUAUAGUGAAAGCCAGCUGAUUCACAGGGUCCGAGAGCUGGAUAGCAGAGUGGUUCAGGUUGCAUGUGGUCAAGACCACAGUUUGUUCAGGACAGAGAAAGGAGAAGUGUACUCUUGUGGAUGGGGAGCGGAUGGGCAAACAGGACUUGGUCAUUUUAAUGUGUGUAGCAAUCCAACAAAGCUGGGCGGUGAUAUGGCAGGUGUGAAUAUUGUGCAGGUGGCCACUUAUGGGGAUUGCUGCCUCGCUGUUUCAGAGGAAGGACAACUGUAUGGCUGGGGAAACUCUGAGUACCUGCAGCUUGCAUGUGUCACUGAUUCCACACAGGUCAAUGUACCACAGCACUUACCAUUCCAGCAUGUUGGAAAAGUGAAGCACGUCGCUUGUGGGGGCACAGGUUGUAUUGCUGUAAACGGAGAUGGGAGUGUCUUUGUCUGGGGAUAUGGUAUUCUUGGAAAAGGACCAAAUUUCUUAGAAGCCCAGCAACCUGAAAUUAUUCCUCAAUCCCUGUUUGGUCUGUCUGACUUUAAUCCUGAUAUAAGGGUAACCAAGGUCUUCUCUGGUCUUGGACACUUUGCUGCAUUGAACAAUCGAGGAGAGCUGUUUGUUUGGGGUAAAAAUUUGAGGGGUUGCUUAGGUACGGGAAGAUUUGAAGAUCAGUAUUUUCCCUGGCGGGUGACUGUUCCUGGAGAAGUAGUGGAUGUUUCCUGCGGUGUAGACCAUAUGGUGGCUCUUGUGAAAUCAUUUAUGUGAGCAGAGGUAGCAGUUUCUGCCAACAAAGAACUAGCGAAUGUUGCAGCUUUCUGUAAUAGCUGCUGUACAUUACUAGAACACCAAAUGCAGCACCAGCUAGGUUGAAUUCUGAACAACUGAAUUAUGAUAUUAAUUAUGAUAUUUAAUUCAGCAUUUUGCUGAAUUAAAAUGAACUUUAAUCAUCAUGUCCCACUCCCAAUUCAUGUUUGGCAAAUAUGUCAUAAAAAGAGGUUAUGUUAUUUUCCUUUUACACUUGUAUAAUGCAGCCAGCUGUGCUGGCAUUCAUUUUAAGGAUGUUUGUAAUGACAUUAAAGACUUUAAA